AGGUGGACGACUACCACCAACUCAAGAGACCUGCUGUUUGUGAGCUGUGCACACACAAUCGCAUCUAACUUACGUCGCUGCAUUUGCCAUUUUUUUGCUUACAGUCAAGUUUUUUUAUUUUAUUUCUUCCAUAGAUACAAAUUGGCGUUGAUUGCUCUUAAUUUUAAGGAAAUUCGGUUCGCAAAUGCCAUCCGAACACUCUAGGCACCCAAACCACCCCUUUCACUUCCGACCGUGCGCAAUCAUUUAUUGCAUCGUCGACACCCCAAUACAUAUUUCCCUUUGCAGUCCAAGUGCCACACACCGCCUAAGAAGAGGACACACACACCAUGUGUAUCGAGAUCUGGAACACCUUCCGGGGUUGCAGCCACCGCGUAUACCAGAACACGUCUCCCUGCCACGUCGCGCGGAGAUGCGAUCCCAAAGACGACAUGCUCCUGGACAAGACCAAGUUUCUCCCAGACAAGCAGUUUAAGCUGCCUCCCGGCAUGCUGGAGUGUAAACACCGGCUUGCCUUGCGACCCAAAGACACGUCGUGCCCCGAGUGCGCGAGAGAGCAACGCCGAACCGCUGCUGCUGCUGCUGCCAACGGCAACGGCGCCACCGCUACUCGUGCGGGAGGGACUCCGUCCUCGUCAUCAGGUAAGAGCGCUCGGGUCCUCUCGACGAUAGUGGAGCGCGCGGAAAGGCGUUCGGGAUAAUUUAUAUAUAUACCUAUAACCACCACCACCACCACCACCAAAAAAAAAAGAAGACCAAAGGCUUAUUACUUACAUACUCGGGAAUUACCUUUUAGACGAACAAAGACUCGAGUCGAGCCCGUCGCCGCCGGACGGAAAAGCCGCCGAGCGGGUGCGCCACUCGCUGAUGCUCCUGGAGCAGUUUCGGAAGAAGCCUUUUUGAAAGGAAAAGGAAAAAAGGAAACAAGAAGGAGGAGAAGAAGAAGAAGAGGAAGAAGAGGAACUCCGGGCUAUUGGAUUCUGGGGAAGCAAGAUUAUGUCGAGGAUAAGGAAGGAUAUGGAUACAUACAUACAUACACGGGGGAAGAGUUCCAGGAGUACGGAUUAAGAGAGAGAUAUAUGUGUGUGUGUGUUUGCUGCUCUCUUGGCCGGCCUUGGCUUCUCUCGUACAAUAAACCGUACAUACCAUACCAUACGCCGUCGAAGAGUUCUACGGCUGCGAAUACAUUGUUAAUACCCAGAAACCACCAGGUAUAUUCUGAGGAAAAUGUCUCGGAUGCUUUAACAGGCCGGUUUUACGCUGAGAGUGUGUUCGUCUGUUAAUAACAAUGUACGUAAGUUGAGAUGAGUCUACAGGUCAACCCAAUGUCAUCCAGUUGAGAUACCUGUACGUAUUACCAACUCUUUUAGGUACCAUUCACAUUCUUGGCAAAUGGAUCAAUG